UACUCGCUUGCAUACUCCUGAUGCUGCACACGCUCGCUGCACUGCAGUGAGCCAGCAUUUACUUCAGACAGACAGAGAGAAAGAGAGUGAGGAAGGUAGAAGGGACAUGAAUGGAUGAGACAGACUGAGCCAAGAAUGCACGUGAUGGGAGGAGAGGAAGUGGUCAGGGAGAGUAAAGGAGGGAGGGGGAAGAGAUGAUGCUAAAACUGAAAGACAAUCUGGCUAAAUCGCCCCUCCUCAACUUUGCUCACGUGUGCGCACACCCAUAAACACACGGAGGAGCUGUGUCGCUCACACACAUCCUGUCGUCUUCUGUUUGCCUUGUUGCUGCUACCUGGAGGGACGCAUCAUUUCAUGUCAGAGCUGACAUGAAGGCAGGGUGCUGGGUAAGAGGAAGAGGGACUCCUAUGUCAGAGUUUUAGGAUGGCCAGUGAAGGCUCCACUAUUCCCAGCCCUGUGGUCCGCCAGAUAGACAAGCAGUUCUUGAUCUGCAGCAUAUGUCUGGACCGAUACGAAAACCCCAAAGUACUGCCCUGCCUACACACCUUUUGUGAGAGGUGCCUGCAGAAUUACAUCCCGGCUCACAGCCUCACACUGUCGUGCCCCGUGUGCCGCCAGACCUCGAUCCUGCCGGAGAAGGGUGUGGCGGCAUUGCAGAAUAACUUCUUCAUCACCAACCUGAUGGACGUGCUGCAGCGGGCGCCCGACAGCUGCAGCCAGGAGGCCGCCGCUCUCAACAACAUCGCCACUGUGGCUACCGGCCAACUGCUCUCCUGCCCCAACCAUGGAGGCAGCGUCAUGGAGUUUUACUGUCCGCCUUGUGAGACGGCCAUGUGUCAGGAGUGUACGAGUGGCGAACAUGGAGAACACCCAACUGUGCCUCUUAAAGACGUAGUGGAACAACACAAGGCCUCAUUACAGGACCAGUUAGACGCUGUCAAGAAGAGGUUGCCAGAGAUCGACUCAGCCCUGCAGACGCUGUCAGAGAUCCUGCAGCAGCUGACCAAUCAAAAGAGCUCCAUUGAGGACGGCAUCCAUACUACCUUUGAUGAGUUGCAGAAGACUCUGAAUGUCCGCAAGAGCGUUUUACUGAUGGAGCUGGAGGUCAACUACGGCCUCAAGCAGAAGGUGCUUCAAGCCCAGCUGGAUACCCUGCUGCAGGGCCAGGAUGGCAUCAACAGCAGCUGUAACUUCACAGAGCAGGCCCUGAGCCACGGCACCGAGGCCGAGGUGCUGCUGGUGAAGAAGCAGAUGAGCGAGCGUCUCAUUGAGCUGGCCAGCCAGGAGCUUCCUCUGCAGCCCGGAGAGAACGACCAGCUGGACUUCAUCGUCGAGACAGAGGGACUAAAGAAAUCCAUCCACAACCUGGGCACCAUUGUAACCACUAACGCGGUGGCCUCUGAGACUGUGGCGACAGGCGAAGGGUUACGCCACUGUGUGGUGGGUGUCCCCACUUCCAUCACCAUAACCACUAAAGACAAAGAUGGAGAGCUGUGUAAGAUGGGCAACGCAGUCAUCACUGCUGAAAUGUCCUCACCUGAUGGUAGCAAAGGUGAAGGGGAGAUACUGGACAACAAGAACGGCACUUACGAGUACCUGUUCGCAGCUCCUAAAGAGGGGACUUUUAAUUUAUCGCUGCGUUUAUAUGACCAACAUAUCAAAGGAAGCCCCUUUAAGAUAAAGACCACCAAAUCCAUAGAUGUGUCGGCAAGUUCAGACAGCAUCAAGAAGAGGCUGAAGUCUCCGAGCAGUGGUCACAUCAAACAGAAGGCUAUCAAGAGGCCGGCCAGUAUGUACAGCACAGGGAGGAGGAAGGAGAACCCCAUCGAGGACGACCUUAUCUUCAGAAUCGGUACAAAAGGAAGAAACAAAGGGGAGUUCACCAAUCUGCAAGGAGUGGCUGCCUCAACUCUGGGAAAGGUGCUGAUAGCAGACAGCAACAACCAGUGUGUUCAGAUUUUCUCCAAUGAGGGCCAGUUUAAAAGUCGUUUUGGCGUGCGGGGCAGGACUCCGGGUCAACUGCAGCGGCCGACGGGAGUUGCCAUCCACCCAAAUGGUGACAUCAUCAUUGCAGACUACGACAACAAAUGGGUCAGCAUCUUUUCAAGUGAAGGCAAGUUUAAGAACAAGAUUGGCUCGGGGAAGCUGAUGGGCCCUAAAGGCGUGUCGGUGGACAGGAACGGCCACAUCAUCGUGGUCGACAACAAGGCCUGCUGCGUCUUUAUCUUUCAGAUCAACGGCAAGCUGGUCACCAAGUUCGGGAACCGUGGCAACGGUGACAGGCAGUUUGCAGGUACACUCAAUGGGCCUCACUUUGCUGCUGUCAACAACAACAAUGAAAUCAUUGUGACAGAUUUCCACAACCACUCAGUCAAGGUGUUCAACACAGAGGGAGAAUUCUUGCUGAAGUUUGGUUCUAACGGCGAGGGCAACGGCCAGUUCAACGCCCCCACUGGAGUGGCAGUGGAUGUCAAUGGAAACAUCAUAGUAGCAGACUGGGGCAACAGCAGGAUACAGGUGUUUGAUGGCAGCGGUUCGUUCCUGUCCUACAUCAACACAUCAGCAGACCCGCUGUACGGCCCGCAGGGACUGGCUCUCACCUCUGACGGACAUGUUGUGGUUGCAGAUUCUGGCAACCACUGCUUCAAAGUCUACCGCUACCUGCAGUAGCCCUUAUCUCUCAACGCACAAAACUGUACAGUGUAUAUACACACACCUCACACACAUGCACUCAUUAGUUGGCAGAUUUGCACUCACCCAUUCAUCCUUGAAUCAUGCUGUCGUCGUGCCAUCUGUGUGACUGUGACAUCCUGUCUGACCUCCUAAGCUGAAGAAACUACAGAGAGAAUGACUUGUGGUUUGAAUGAAGUGAGAGGAUCUAUGAUAUUCACGGACUGGACAGGCUGCUGCUGAUUGGUGCUUUUAGGGGUCCUUCAUAACCUUGUUCACAUUCCAU